UUGCUGAAAAUGAAAGCUUUUCUAAGCUUUGAGCCAGAUUUUAGAAGUUGAGUCAUUAAUCUUUUGUGUAGUUGAAAAUCAACGAAAUCCGUAAUUGAUUAGAACUAAAAAUUGCGACAAAUAUGAGUUUUAAAUCCAAUUUUACUGGUGGAUGAAAGAAAUAUAUUUGUCACCGCUGAGUGCAGUAGAAUAUUUUUUCUAGAGCUGGCAGCGCUCGAUAGUUUCCAAAUCAGCAAGAGCGGAGCCUGGGUUGUAAUGUUGGGUUUAAAUAAACAUCCAAUCAGACAGCAGGACUUGCUGGUUGUAAAUUGUGGGGCACUGGAAAUGGUACUAAAAUGUCAUAUCGCUUCUUUCUCUCUCUCUCUCUCUCGCUGCCCUCUUCUCGUCCAUCAGAAUCACUCAAUCAGAAGAAGCCUCCUCAGUGCAGAGUGACAAUAAAAACAUCACACUUCACCUAACCCACAAAUUCCUUAACAAUCACUUUCAGAUAUCAAUAAUAGGAAGGCUGUGGCUAUGCUCUUCAUAUUCGAACAUCAUCGUCAGAUAUUUUCGCACACUACCAAUUCGAAUCUCGUCUUACCUUUCCCAUUGUACCAACGAAGUUUUACCACACCAAGUCAAUUGAGGACGAAAAAAAUACGUUCUGUUUCUUCUAUCAGCCAUUGCGUCCCAAUUAAUUAAUAUACUUUAAUAGUUUCAUUGUUCUGAACUAAAGUGAAUCAUUAUAUUUGAUCUGUAAAAUUAAUCAGAAACAGUUUAAAUUUUUUAUUAAUUUCGUUCUUUUAGUUUGGAAUCUAACCAAGCAAAACAAAAUCCGUUCUUACAAUAAUAUCAUGCUGUACACGAGGACACUGUCUGUGUUUUGAACACACAUUAUUCAGUUGACGUUGAUAAAUGCCGAAGAUGUGAAUGAUAUACGCAGUCAAAAGUUGUGAAAAAAAAACUAACUUUUUGGCAUUCGAUAAGUUAUGCCAUCGCGUCAAAUGACUGUUAUAUCUAUUGCCAUCACCUUGCUUUUAUUACUAUUGCUAACUCACUGCGUAGGCGAUGCCACUUUUAUCUCAGACAGUCCUGAAAGAUCAGCAAUAAGUGGUCACGAGGGGUACCACGAGGCAGGUCAUGAGGAGGUGACAGGCGAGCGGCUGAGUCGCGUCAGACGAAGACUGGACCCGAAAGGCAUGAAGUUCGACAUCGCAUUCAUCAUAGACGGUCCAGACAGCAACGAAAUGAAGAGAAAAGCACUGCAGUAUGUGGAAGACAUAUCCUACUGUAGGAGCAAGGAGCACCCUUGUCCUACUCGGGAGGAAGCCCUCUCACCCCACACCCUCUAUCCCCAGAUGAAGUUCAACCCCAUCAUGAUAGAGCCAGGCCAGAGUGUGACGGAGACUAUACUGACCAUCUGCAACCAGAUCAAAAUGAAGGCGCUGGUGGGCGUGGUCAUCUCCUCCCCCAACCAGUACGUGCAUCUCAGUCUCGCAAGUGUCGCCUACCACUUUGGAAUCCCCAUCGUCGACUUCUCCCCCACCAACUACAAGGGCUACUACACUACAAACCACUCCGAGUUAUCUGCGCCACAAGUGAGUCAUUCAAUUCAAUCACACACAGUCUUUGGACUGCCAUUCAAGCACCUAUUACAGUUCUUCGCCAAGUCACGAGAGUAUUACUACAACGGGGUGUUUGACAAAGACAUGACAGUGCACAAUGUGACGUGGCACGGAAACGACCAGGACGGGGCCACGUGCAAGGAGAUGGAGAUGAGCAAAUUGACCGUGUUCAUCCUGCACGGCAGCAAAGCCGACGCCUCGCUCCUGUUCAAAAAGUGCGACUACCUCUUCCGAAGAAUAAGACCGGCUAUCAUAAUCCCCGAAGACAUGAUCACAGACGAGACACAAUUUUUGGACACAUACCCGGAUGGACUGCUGGCUGUGAGGAGGAAACCAGAUGCCAAUGUGGGCUUCGCACUCAACAGCUCCAUAGACAUCCUCAUCAAUGCCACGAAAGACCUGGUCAGUAUCAAGUACCAGAACCCAGCUUACUCCCAGGUCAACUUCCAGAGAGACCUGCAACUGUCCGAACGCACCCAACCAAUACCCGAGUUCAGAAGAAUCGUCUUCGCAAACAGAUUUAGAGACUGUUUGAUGAGUACGAUGAAUUUCAACCCGUACUGCAAGCGGCCGCUCAGUGGUUUGUAUCAGGUACUGAACUUACACUCCAGAGGAUCGGGUGUAGGAGGAGCAAGACACUGGAGCAUCAAAGGGCAGAUAUCAGAGAAACGUCAAGUAGAUCUGGAUCACAUUGUUUGGACCGGCAACACCUACGCAGUCCCAGAUUUUGGCAACAACGCCAGACGUAGAAUCAAAAUUGCAAUAGCAGCCAUAGAACCAUUCCUAGUUCUAAAACAACCAGGUGCUGACAGGAGGUGCUACACGGGCAAAGCGUGCUACCCAAUAGUCGACAAUGGGUCGGAUCCUCUGAGCAGGGUGGAGUUGAUCCGAAUUCCCAAACAUCUCUCCUUCCAGACCAAUGCUUCGCACUUCGACCAGAUCAGACACUGUUGUAUCGGGCUUGAGGUUGACUUGGUGGAGCGUAUGUCACAUGACUUGGCCUUCGACUAUGAGCUAUACUUUGGCAACUUCCCCGCAGGUGCAAUCAAACAGGGCACCCAGAAGUGGGUAGGGCUGGUGGGAGCAGUACUGGAUCAGGAGGUGGAUCUGGCCAUCGGAUCCAUUAGCACUACAAAGGCCAGAUCACAGGUAGUGCGCUUCACCAUUCCAUACUUCUACUCUGGUUUUGCAAUCAUGGUGGCCAAGAAGCCCCCCAGACCCCAGAUGUUCGCUUUCCUACAACCCCUGGAUGCCAAAGUGUGGCUGUUCAUAUUUGUGAGCAUGAACACACUCGCUGUAGUGAAGGCUGUGUGCGAGUGGUGCAGCCCCUAUGGACUCAACCCGAGGAAUAGUCAGAAGCAGCACCAGAAGGAGGGGAAGAGUGGCGGCGGCGGCGGCGGCGGUGGCAUCUUUGCCUUUUCUUCCGCCAUCACCCUAGUCUAUUCCCUCAUGUUCCUCAACACACACCCCUGCAAACUUCCCCGCAGCCUCUCGGCCAGGCUGCUCACUUGUGUCUGGGCUGGAAUAGCUCUCCUAGUAGUGUCCUCCUACACCGCCAAUCUCGCCUCCUUCAUGACUGGCAGGCUCACUUACCUUGACUUGGAUAUACUCAAGAUUAAUAAUCCCGAGGUGCAGAAAUUGAUGCACUCUAUCAAGUAUGGGGCGGAGGAGGACUCGAGUGCGCAGAAAUACAUCACAGAACAGUGGCCCCAAAUGGCGAGGGGUCUGCAGCAGAAUCUAGUCUCUGGGUCCAUGGAGGCCAUACACAGACUCAAGAAUGGCACUCUGGAUGCGUACUUUGGAGAUGCACCGAUAGUGUACUGGGACGCAAAUCAGGACCCAGACUGCAAACUACUCACAGUGGGCAGUUCGUUCGGGGAUGACUAUUACGGCAUGGCCAUCAGCAGAGACAACAUGCACAGCAUCUUCUUCAACCAGGUGAACCAGCUGCUGCACAAGUACAGACAAAAUUUCUUCCUCGACAGACUCAGAGAGAAGUGGUUCAUCGACUCCAAGACACAGUCAUGUCUUUCCGACGACAUAGAACAUCGUUCUCUCGGUCUGGACAACGUGGCCGGCCUCUUCCUCGCUCUGGCACUCACUAUCCUCGCGUGCGUGUUGAUCUUGAUGCUGGAACAUUUCUGUUUUCGCUUCGUUGUGCCCCACCUACCAGUACAGAAGAACCCAGACCAUAAAUCACUCCUCUUCGUCAGCCAAAAACUUCAUCAUCUCGUGCUCCAAAGUGGGUUAUCUCGUCUAGAGAAACGGGAGUAUGAGGAUGGAACCCAAGCCCCCAAACCCAUUCUCAAAGACAGAACACAAACAAGACACUCCAAAGGGUGCAAUUCAUUCCUCAAUUCUGAUCCUCCGCCACUCCAGUCUAGUCCACUCAGCUUGGGCUACAAAGUGAACCCGAACCUAAUCAGUCAUGUGGCUCAGUUCCCGACUAGCGAGAGGCCAGGAGAUAUUCGGAGUCGGUCCUUGCCAAGAAGCUCAUUCCAUAGUCUCUCUUACAACGGAGUGGGAGGAACCGCUGCUGCUGCCGCCGAGCAGGGAGAGGGAAGCAGAGUGUUUCUGGGUCAGAUGAUUGGGGGAGUACGGGAGCAGACACGGAAGUCAUCUCUCAAGGAGAGUCAAAGGGACAGUCAGUUAGUCCGCUCUCCCCCUGGAUCACGCAGUCCUGCUGUAGAUACGACAGAAACAAUUUCAGUCAAUACUUCCUCCAACAAUUCUGAGACCAGUCAGAAACGAAACAUGAGCCAGCAUCAUCCCAGACAGCGCAAACUGGCCAGGGAUCAUACCCUGGAGUACUCGGCCUCGGAGGAAUGCGAUAACCCUGAGAAGCGCCCCUUCACCACCAGAUUAUGAUCACUCAACAUGGAUACAGAUCCCGAUACAUUCCUCUCAAUCCAAUUAUCAAUCCAAAUACACUCUCUUUAGAUAUAAUAUUACGGAAUACGUGUUCGAUGUUGUCAUAAAAUAAUCAUAUUUAAGGAUUUAUUCUUAUCAGAGCUGUUUUUUUGCUGCUGCUGCAUUUAGGUUGGA